AACACAGGAGUUAAUUAGUCCGUUGUUAAUUAACUGUUUGGUUCAGUGUGUCUGAGAGCACCGUCGUCCCAACCGCCGGAAGUCUGCAUGAAGCUGCGUCUCCUACAGUAGCGACGGCGUCGACGUUUUUUUUUCUGUCUUCGUUUUUUUUUUUAUUCGAGACUUUUUUUUUUCUCUUUUUUUAUUUUCUCUCAGCGAGAUGAGCAGGGAGUGAGGAAUGGAGGCGUAGCGAGCAAGGCUGUUUGUAUUUACUUAGCUAGCGGCAAGCUAGUUAAGCAUAUCAAUAUACAGGCCUCCAUGUAUCUAGCUAGAGCAAGCCAGCGAACAAAAGGAGAAAAUUAAUGGAGGCAAGUUAGCUAGCUCCCCCUAGUCUUGUUGCGUUAACCAGCUAACGCUAGCCAUGUUUGUUUACAACCCAGAUAUCUCAUUAAGCUCUUGGCAGCUGGUUAGGUGCAGUGUUACGCCUCUGUGCUGAGUGCUUUGCAAGGGGCUUCCUGUUGUAAAUGAUUUAUGACAAAUUUGUUUAAACAAGAAUUAAUUUAUCACUGCUAACGUCAGCCCGCAGCUAGCAGUACCACAGUUUUGGAGCCAGCUAGUGUCCUUCGUCAAACAUGGCUCUCUCAGAGCACUAAAACAUUGACUUUGUAUUACACUUAUAAUGGCUCUAAAUUGUCAUAUAGCUGCAGCAUGUGGGAAAUGAACUAAUGUACUUGUAGAUAGUGGAGGGGGAGAGGAGGCUCACGAAAACAACAUAAAACAUGCCUUGAGUUAUGCACUGAAUGUUUUGCAUGAAAUAUAUCCUUACCUCAGUUGUUUCAGAGUUUAACGUCAUUUUAUAAGUGUAUUAUGUUGUUAUGUUGAAGUAAAUUUUUCAUGGGCAUAUACUCCCCCAAAGAAUGUAACAGUUAUGAGUUAUAUUAAAUAUCAGUUCAGCUUUACUAACAAUAACAUGCUUGCUUUUCUUGGUAUGUGAGCUAUGUGGCUAUGCAUGGCAUUCACAAUCUUCACAUGCAUACAGAAAACUAAACCUCAAAACGUAUUUCACGAUUGGUCUGUAACAUUAGCAAGAGUAUGUGGAAAUAAAACUGCAAAUGCAUGCCCAAAUAGAACAAUGAAACUAUGAAACUUCCCUCUUUGUGCUACAGAAAACAUGUUGCCUAUGUGUCAGUGGGAGAUGAUCGGGAAACAGAAGAUCAGAGGUUUGAUAAUGAAAAGAUAAACAGUAGUCUUUUAAACAAAAUAAUGGACGAUUCCCAUUUCAACUCAUCAUACUUUUGGUCUCCCGUCCCCACUGUACAAGGACAGAUCGAGAACGCUAUGUUCCUGAACAAGGCAAAGGAGCAGAUGGGUCCAGAGAAGACCAACGUCCCCUCCUACACUCACUCCUCUGCGUCUACCACCUCCUCCCCCCACUACCCCACGGCUGUGCUCGCCAUCCCCGGCUCAGUGGACUCAGGGUCCGGGUUGCGGUUGGUCCCCAAACAGGAAGGAGGUGGGAGCACCGCAGGACUAGGUGGGCCUGGCGGCAUGAGUGCGCUCGGGGGACACCUGCACCAGGCGCACACGACCCAGAACAUCACCGUUGUGCCUGUUUCCUCGACAGGUAUCAUGACUGCAGCCGGGUUAGUGAUCACCACCCCUCAAGGCACACUGGUCCCCAAUGCCUCCACGCAGUCAUUUGUAGCUGGACACCCCACUGCCACCACCAUGAUAGUAUCUGCAGUGCACCCCUCACAUACAGACAAGAAGCAGGACAUUGCUGUCCCUCCUGCAGUUGUCAUGCCAACUCCAUCAAAGCGAGGCAGGAAGAGCAAACAGAUGUUGGGCAGAGUGGGUGGGGUCCUCCCUCCAGGAAGUGAUGCACUAAUAUUGGCACACCUCGCUGCUGGUGGACAGCACCACACUGCUGACCCAUAUGACCUGUCAAAUGAUGAGGAUGAGCAUACCAACAAAGAUGGACCCAAAUCCUACAGGUGUCGGAUGUGUGCAGUGACGUUCUUCAGCAAGUCAGACAUGCAGAUCCACGCCAAGUCCCACACAGAGGCCAAGCCCCACAAGUGCCCCCACUGCUCCAAGUCAUUUGCCAACUCCAGCUACCUGGCCCAGCACAUCCGCAUUCACAGCGGGGCCAAGCCCUACACCUGCACCUACUGCCAGAAAACAUUCAGGCAGCUCAGUCACCUACAGCAGCACACACGAAACCACACUGAGGCCAAGCCCCACAAGUGCCCCCACUGCUCCAAGUCGUUUGCCAACUCCAGCUACCUGUCCCAGCACAUCCGCAUCCAUACCGGGGCCAAGCCCUACGCCUGCUCCUACUGCCAGAAAACAUUCAGGCAGCUCAGUCACCUACAGCAGCACACACGGAUUCAUACCGGUGACCGACCGUAUAAGUGUAACAAUCCUGGCUGUGAAAAAGCUUUCACUCAGUUGUCCAACCUGCAGUCUCACCGUCGGCAGCACAACAAAGACAAGCCGUACAAAUGCCAUAACUGUAACCGUGGUUACACAGAUGCUGCCAGCCUGGAGGUGCACCUGUCCACACACACCGUCAAACAUGCCAAGCUGUUCUCCUGUGGCCUCUGUAACCGUUCCUAUACCUCAGAGACGUAUCUAAUGAAACACAUGAGGAAGCACAACCCCGACCCGCUAACCGUGGCAGCGACAGUAGCUGCUCAGCAGGCCCAGGGCCUUACGCCAGGCGGAGGCAGGGGCCGAGGCCGCGGCAGAGGGAGAGGUGCUGGUGGAGGAGGUGUGGGCAGAGCGGGCCAACUCCAAAGCCAGACCAACCCGAACAACAACACCCAGAACCCUAACCCUGGGCCCCCAGGCAGCUACCAGCAGCCCACGGAAGCGGUGGUUCAAUGCCCGUUUGACCUGCACCAGUACAAGACAGUGUCAGCCGGCGAGAUCCAGUACAAACCGGUCACUGUGGCGGACCUGCCAGUGGCCCACAAAGACCUCUGCCUCACCGUCUCCACAUCAGCCAUACAGGUGGAGCACAUGAACUCAUAGGCUGCGUCUUCCCGCUCCGUUCAUGGAAUUACUAAUUGCAUCAGCAGUGUAAAAAGAUCCAUACAAGUAAAGUUAAACUAUAUUCAGUAUUAUAGUCUUCUUCAGCAGGAAAAAAAAAUGGCUCAUAGGGUGGAAAACUUUACCAAUGUGAUGUUCAAAUAUACUGUGGCAACCCAGGGGACAUGAACGCCAGAUUCCCAAUGAACAUAGGAAACAGAGACAGUCGGCUUAAAGUGUUCUUUAAUGAAGCAGCUCGACAAAAGGGUAAUGGUACAAACUGCAGCUUAGGUUUCUUCCCAUCUGGGGUCGGUCAGCCUUCAAAAGGUGUAGUCCUGGGAGGAUUUAAGCAGAGGGAGAGGUUAGUCUUUUCCUGGCCAAUAGCCUCGUUGACCAUCAGCUCCUAACAGGUUACUCCCCUGGGCCUUUGUUGCUCACUGUCUCCUCUCCCCCUGCAGCCUUGGGCUGGCUCUCUUAACACCUUCCCUCUGAUUACCUGAUGGGCUGCAGGUGUGACCAGUGCCAGGUGCCAAGUGGCUGCAGCACCUGCACAGGCAGAUAGACUCCCUCAAUCACUUCCCCCAGUCUGAGUCUAUGUACCUGCGCCCUGUGCUGGACUGGCUGACCCGUUUCCCCUGGUUUGCCACAAUACAAGUAAAAUCCACCCAAUGCCAGGUCUUUUCCUUCAUUCUAAGAAGCUCUAAUGCUGAGUACAACAUUAAAUUACUUGUUAGAACACAGAUAUUUUACUAUGUGCUUCUCGAUUCCUGAGCCCACUUGUGCCAAGGAUCUCUUGGUAGAAAUGCUGGUCUAAGACACACUGAUACAGGUGGUUUAAUUAUACUUCAGACUGGAGCCACAUUUCCUCCAGUUUGUGAAGACUUAACCAAAACAUAAUCUGGAUCACUUUUGGCUUUUAUAUCAUUAUGAGUGACAUAGUAAUUAAAUCCAGACCUGAAUUUCUCAAAAGCAUGUUUAGUCUAAUUCACCUUUUCUUCAACUCUAGGUCAAUGGAUCAGUGGUCAACUUAGUUGCUUUGUAAAACACACUUAACACACUGAUCCAAAACCAGCAGUCCUGCUCGGAGUAUUUUGAUAAAAAGAGGCUCACUGGUGACCCUUCCCUGUUUUUUUUUAUUGCAUUGUUUGCAAUAGGCACCAUUGGAGGAUGAAGAUGUAAAAUAUCUGUAAAAUUAAAAAUGACAUUACUCUCUGCACAGUUAUGGUCCAGAGAAUGGUGACAUUUUUGGACACAGUCAGAUCACAUUAAUCUGAACAUACUCCAUUAUUUAGUUCAAGCCAAAACAA